GAAUGCGAAUUUGGCUUUUGGCAUUAGUUCUACUUGUGCUUCUCGAGCGUUCGCAGGCCGAAAUGAAAGUAUUCGUAUGUCUUCUGGCGCUGGCCGCCACUCUGGCAACAGCCAAUGCAGGACUCCUGGAACUGUUAAAGAAGGGCGGCGGAGGUGGUGGCGGUGGCUAUGGCGGCGGAUACGGUGGUGGCUAUGGAGGAGGAUACGGUGGUGGUGGCGGCGGCGGAGUCCAGGUCGUCAAAGUGAUCAACACCUAUGAGGGAGGACACGGAGGUGGCUACGGAGGUGGCUACGGAGGCGGCUACGGAGGUGGCUACGGAGGUGGCUACGGAGGAAGUGGCUGGAACUCUGGCAGCUACGGUGGUGGUUACGGAGGCGGUUAUGGAGGUGGUUACGGUGGUGGCCAUGGAGGCGGCAGCCACGUGGAUGUCUACAAGGUGAUCACUACCACGUCCCAUGGAGGUGGCUACGGCGGUGGCUACGGAGGUGGUUACGGCGGUAGCUACGGAGGUAGCUACGGAGGUGGUUACGGAGGUCAAUCCGGCUGGUGGAAAACCAAGUAAGCCGGAGAUACUGACCCAAUAAGCCCGUAUUGCCCCCAUUCCCCAGAACUACCCCCCAUUUAGCCGUAGUCCGGAUACAAACUCGUUUAUGUACCUGAAAAAUCUUCCAUAGCUAAGCAACCCGAAACUCUUUAAGGCCAGUUAUUCCCAAAUUAGCGAAACUAGUUUGAGAUUAUCGGCAGACUGCUUGGCGAA